CCAUAGUUGGAGCAUAGUGUGAGCGAAGUGUAAUUUAAGCUUCAUCACAUUAUUUAAUCGGUAACAUCGAGCUAUCGAAUUAAACGAAGAUAAAAUGCAGCAGAAGUAAUGUGAAAUCGACAAUAUUUCUUUGAAGAAUGGGGGCUACAAUGGUAAAACCUUUGGUAAAAAAUGGAAAUAUUUUGGAUGCACUGCCAUCACAGUUAUGUUAGGUUUGGAUUCUGCGGGAAAAACAACGGCUUUAUACAGACUUAAGUUUGAUCAAUACUUAAACACAGUGCCAACUAUUGGAUUUAAUUGUGAAAAGGUACAAUGUACACUUGGCAAAGCAAAAGGAGUUCAUUUUUUGGUUUGGGAUGUCGGAGGACAGGAAAAAUUGAGACCACUUUGGAGAAGUUAUACACGUUGCACUGAUGGCAUUUUGUUUGUUAUUGAUUCUGUUGACACAGAACGAAUGGAAGAAGCUAAGAUGGAACUAAUGCGCACCGCUAAAUGUCCUGAUAACCAGGGUGUUCCCGUGCUGAUACUAGCAAAUAAACAAGAUCUGCCCAACGCUUGUGGCGCAAUGGAAUUGGAAAAACUUUUAGGACUGAACGAACUUUACAACCCGGUGCCGAAUAUAUCAAUGCCCUCCGACUCUUCUCCCACAAUUAAUUUAAUUGUUUCAAACCAAAGUAUUACAGAUACAUCUUUAGAAGAGAAAAAAGAGAGUCAUCUGCAUUCUUCUAUGAUUCACAUAAAACCUGCACUUGAAAGUAAAAGCCACAAUUCCACGUUAAGCGGAGGAGCCUUGACAGCUUUCAUAUAUCCGCAAUCUCACAACAAUUCUGCUGUAUUGGAUCGAAAAAAUCCACAAGAUGUUAAAAAUGGUUUUCAUAACAAAAAAAUGAACAGGUCUUCAUCAAAUUCUGUGCAAUUUAGGGGGUGGUAUAUACAGCCAACCUGUGCUAUAACUGGGGAGGGUCUCCAAGAAGGUUUGGACGCCCUGUAUGAUAUGAUUUUAAAACGCCGGAAAAUUAAUAAGUCACAUAAAAAAAAUCUGUAGCAUAAAUAAUUGAACACAGUUUGGAAGUCUAUGUCAGUGUUUUCAAAUUACUCAUUUUAGCACAAUUAAAUAAAUAAAUAAAAAAAAAACAAAUAA